UUUACAAAACUCACAUGCUCUCAAACGGUCGCCCAUCUCUCCUCACUCCUUGUCCCAACAGCAUCACCAUCAAAGAAAAACCAUGCUACGACGGGGAGCACAAGAAUGGUUUCUCUAACCGCAGCUCAAAAUCCGAUGCAGUAGCCGAAAUCCUCGGAAACGACGUUUUUGAGUGCGCAGAGAACGAUAACCAGUGUGCCAUGUCUUUCGAGGAUGAGACCUUCUUAAAGAUAAUGGCGAAAGAGGUGCACCAGGACAAAAAUAAUAACUGGGUCGCUCCAUUACCCUUCAAGUCCCCUCGUUUGCCACUCCCAAACAACAGGGACCAAGCAUUGUCUAGACUUAACUCGCUUCGACGCAGCCUUAUAAAAAACCCUCAAAUGAAAGAACAAUUCUCAGCCGAUAUUGCCACCAGGUCAAUACCUGCAUCACAACUCAUGGGCACAAUGUGGUUUAAGGGACCAGACUUCCUUUACAAACUACCCGAACCUGAAAUGUACCAAACGUUUGAUUUAAUUGAUCCUGAAGUUGACGACGAAAUCAGACAAGUCGCAACGUUCGCUGCACAUAUUCAGAAAAAUGGACUCUCGUCAGAACGCUUCAAACGCUUCUCAAACUGGAACUCACUGGUACGUGCCAUUGCAUUCCUAAUUCACCAAGCUCGUUCCCACUCAUCGAGUAACUUGUCAAGUCACUCAUGUAAAGGGUGGCAUCAGUGCACUACGCCACGCACUCCAGAGGAGAUGGAAAUUGCCAGUCGCCUCAUCCAACAGUCCGUCCAACGGGAUACUUUCCCUGAUGAAUAUGCUGCUCUCCAAGCGAAUCAAACUGUCCAUAGCUCAAGUUCUAUUGCAGCUCUCGAUCCCUGCAUGAGCGACAAACUCAUUAAAGUCGGUGGUCGUCUCAGGCAUGCUUCAUUGAACAUAGCACAAAAGAAUCCAAUCGUUCUUCCAAACAAGCAUCACAUGACUACUCUGCUCAUCCGACACUACCAUGCUAAAGUCAUGCACCAAGGAAGGCAUUUCACAGAAAGUACAAUUCGACACGCUGGACUCUGGAUCAUAGGUUGCAAAAGACUGGUCUCAUCCAUGAUUCACCGUUGCGUAACAUGCAGAAAACUCAGGGGAAAACUUGAGAGUCAGAAGAUGGCAGAUCUCCCACACGAGAGACUUGAAACAUGUCCUCCAUUUUCGUAUGUUGGAUUAGAUGUAUUCGGCCCAUGGUCAGUGGUCACUCGGCGCACACGAGGUGGAGCGGCGCAGAGCAAAAGGUGGGCAAUACUUUUUACAUGCAUGACCACAAGAGGUGUCCACAUUGAAGUUAUAGAAUCAAUGGAUUCUUGCAGUUGUGUAAACGCAAUACGCAGAUUAUUUGCAAUACGUGGUCCAGCCAAGCAAAUGCGAUCCGACAGGGGCACCAACUUCAUCGCAGCAAGUGUAGAGCUGGGCAUGGCACAACCGAACAAGAAUCCUCCCAACGUCAUUAACUAUCUUCAUGCCAACGGUUGCACUUGGGAGUUCAACCCUCCGCAUCCUUCCCACAUGGGGGGCGUCUGGGAGAGAAUGAUUGGAGUCACUCGCAGAAUAUUGGACUCCAUGCUCCUACAAAACAAACACGCCCGUCUGACACAUGACGUGCUUUGUACCCUAAUGGCGGAGGUGUCAUCUAUAAUCAAUGCAAGGCCCUUAGUUCCUAUCUCAACUGACCCCUCCUCACCAUUCCUGCUAUGUCCUGCAAUGAUCUUAACCCAAAAGCGACACGUUCCUCCUCCACCAGGAGACUUCUGUGGAAAAGACUUGCUCAAAGGGCAGUGGAGACAAGUGCAAGCGUUUGCAAACGAAUUUUGGAGUCGCUGGAGAAGCGAAUACCUAAACACCCUCCAAUCAAGGCGCAAGUGGCAUACAGCACGUCGGAACAUCCAGCCAGGUGACAUUGUGCUGUUGAAACAAAAUCAAGCACCCAGAAAUGAAUGGACAAUGGCCGUCAUCACAGCCACAUUUCCAAGCGACGACGGAAGGGUCAGAAAGGUCGAAGUGAGAACAUCAUCUCAGGGCGUCUCAAAAACAUUCUUACGUCCCGUCUCGGAUGUUGUCAUGCUUCUAGAAAUUGAAGAAACUGUUAAAUAGUUGUAGUGGCAUUAGUAAUGCCAGACGGGGAGUGUUCUGCCCACAGUAAAAGUUUUGGGUCAUUUCAUUAAUAGUAAUUCCGUUUAGAAUAUUCAUUUAGUUAUCGCGGUGCAUUGUGGGUAGCUGACGUCAUGUUUCAACAGACGACUCAUUACAGAAAGCGUGACCGUGAUCGUUGCAACUGGUCCUCCUGAGUUAUAUUCCUUUCGUUUCACCUUCGAAAGCAAUGGCUUUUCACUCUGCAAUUCAUUGAGUCGAUGUCACAGUUGUUCACUGUACGCCGUCAAGAAGACCGUAAUAAAGGAGCAAGACGCUCAGUUUCCUGGCUCAUGAAUAAA